AUGGAUAGGAUGAAUCUGUUGCCAGAUGACUUGAUCUUUAAGAUACUCUCUUUUGUUCCAUCCAAAGAUACAGUGUCCACAACAAGCCUUUUGUCAAGACGUUGGCGUUCACUUUGGAAACACGUCCCAGCUCUUGUGUAUUCCGAUCCAAAUAUUGACAGUGAAUACUGGAGAGCUUCACGUUUUAUCGACAAGUUUUUGCUACUACGAGACAACGCUCAUGCAUCUCUAGAAACUAUCCGUUAUGUUAGUCAAAACUGUCCUCUUACAGAUAUUGAAACAUGGGUUGGUAUUGCAGUUUCUCUUGGUGUGCGCAAUCUUCUGGUUCACCGGUCUAGACCAUGUUUCCUGCCCAUACGGUUGCCUACAUAUGAAACCCUUGUUACCUUAAGCCUUCAACAUGCCAUCAUAGUUGAUGUUCCUUUGAAUAUUUGCUUCCGGUCAGUCAAGAGUUUGACUCUUAUAUUUGUGGAGUUCCCAAGCGAUGAAACCGUUCAUCGGCUUCUAUCUGUCUGUCCUGUUCUUGAAGACCUAAUUGUGGGUCGAGGCGGCUAUGUCAAAGUGAAAACUUUCACAAUAAUAGUUCCUUCAUUGCAAAGAUUAACACUCGAAGAUAUUUUUCAAUAUGGAAAUCCAGUUCCAGGACAUGAUAUUGGGUUUGUGAUCAAAGCUCCUUGUUUAAAGUCGUUAGUGAUUGCUAGCAAGUUUGGUUCGUUCUAUUCACUGGUGAAUAUGCCCUUCCUGGUGAAGGCUAACAUAAUGCUUCAGCAUGGAGCUUCUGAGAAUCUUCUCGGACAUCUUACCUCAGCCAAACACCUAUCCUUAUGUCUGAAUCAGGAUUUUUAUCCAAUAGGGAACUUUAAUGAGCUCGUGUCUCUUUUAUAUGUUUUUACCAAGCAGGAAGGUUAUCACCGAAACAGAAGAGCUGCCUUGCGAAUCAAGUCAUCUCAUAGAGCUGAUGUGAUAGAUCCGGAUGAGAUCUUGGAACUGGUCCGAUGGUGCUCUCUGGGGAACAGAAUAUCGACGACGAAGAUGGGUGAGGUUGAAAGGGCCGGGAAGCGUGUUCCGGCGAGUUUCGGUAUCCCGGUGAAGCGUAUCGUGGCCUACUCCGGUGGUAAUUCCUUGGCGGUGACGACGCGGUGGGUAGCGACACGUGUUAUCUCGUUUGGUGAGAUCUCAUCACGUGUCCUUGGGUGA